AUGGGUGAGGUCUCCCCCAACCCGAGAGGGCUCUGGUGUCACCUGCUGGCAGGUCAGUACACUGUGUCUCCUCAAAGAUACAUUCGAGACAUCAGGAAGUACUGUGGGAAAAACAACAAUGAACACAGCAACGACGGCCACAACUUCCAUGACAACACCAGAGAAGGCCACAACUACAGCCACAAUGGCGACAUCUUCGAGCCCAGUGACCAAAAACACCAUGACAACACCAGACGUGACCACAUCUACAGAUACAUUCGAGACAUCAGGAAGUACUUUGGGGAAAACAACAAUGAACACAGCAACAACAGUAACAACCGCAAUGAAGACACCAGAGAAGACCACAACUACGGCCACACAGGAGACAUCUUCAAGCCCAAAGGAAACACAGCAACUGCAGUAUCAAGCAUUGCAGCAACAAGAAGAAAGGAAGCAACAACAAGAGGAAAUGCAGCAGGAGGAAACACAGCAACUGCAGUAUCAAGCAUUGCAGCAACAAGAAGAAGGGAAGCAACAACAAGAGGAAAUGCGGCAGGAGGAAACACAGCAACUGCAGUAUCAAGCAUUGCAGCAACAAGAAGAAAGGAAGCAACAACAAGAGGAAAUGUGGCAGGAGGAAACACAGCAACUGCAGUAUCAAGCAUUGCAGCAACAAGAAGAAAGGAAGCAACAACAAGAGGAAAUGCGGCAGGAGGAAACACAGCAACUGCAGUAUCAAGCAUUGCAGCAACAAGAAGAAAGGAAGCAACAACAACAGGAAAUGUGGAAGGAGGAAACACGGCAACAGCAGUAUCCAACAUUGUGGCAACGAGAGGAAACACAGCAACAGCAGGUGAAAACAGAGCUACAAUACGAGUAAACACUGGAGCAGCACAACAAACUGAAGCAACAACUGAAAGAAAAAGAGCAACAACUGCCGUGAGCACACCGACAGCUGCAAAGACAGACGUCACCACUGCCACCAAUAACAACGUGGCUCCGCUGACGGAAUCUAUCGGUCGCGAUGGCUGUGGCUCUACAAAGCUGUGUGCAGCUGAGCCCACUGAGUGUGAUCCAUCAACAGGAGCAGAUUGUUUCUUUUUUUCUGCAAACCAAACGUCUGGUCGGAAUUUUAAGUGUGAACUCUCAGGACCUAGUGCUGGGUACAUAGCCGUCACCUUAUCAACUGACCCCACCUUGGGGGGCAACGACACCACGUAUGUUUGUGCCAAUGAUCGGGGCAACGUCAAGUUCAUAGGUGCCUUUCUCGACAACCAAGAGCUGAGCCAGACAUCAACGUUGAACGUCAGCAGCGUGAAAGGAAGAGUAAAUGAUAGUGGUGAAAUCCAUUGUACAUUUGAUGCUAUUGUUCCGGCCUCAGCGUCGAGAACAACUGGUUUCACAAUUGCACUGUCAAAAGGAUCCUACAAUAGCACCACUGGUGCACUUGGAAACCCAGACACAGUGUUUAAGUCCCCCACUCUGGACUUGUCAAACAGCAACGCCGAUGUCACCAACGUCCUGGCUAACACCACCUCGAGUACCACCACAGCUACACCUACCACUCGCACAGCCACUGUUGUCUCCACAACAAGUCAAGCUACAGUUCCCCAGCAGUCGCUGACACAAGCUCUCCUCAUCACUGUGGGCGUGUUGAGCCUGCUCAUGCUAUGAGGACCUUGACAAACAUGAAUGUAGCUUGAUACAGUUUGUACGCUAAAUACAUCAAUGCACUCAUGGGUCAAUUAUUUUGCCAGAAAAGGAAGAUUUGAUUAUACUUGCACUUUGUUUGCUGUCAGUGUAGAUUGGACUUGAUGUCC